AUUUUUACCCAGAUGUCUAUUAAAACUUUAAAUUAUUAUUAAUAGAAAAAAGCACAAAUUUUGAGAUUCGGUUUAAGUAAGUCAACUUAUAAGACAACAUUAAUGAACCCUUAUUCAUUGGGAACUCUCUAAAAGCAGCUUACGAAAACAACUCAUGUUCACCUAAUGAUUGUUUAUCUGGGGCUCCUUAAGGGUUGCUGGCCGGGGUCUUUGGCCUUCAUUGCGCCAGUUUCGGAACAACCACCACCCAGAGCGACCAAACCCUCCAAGGAGGACGAGGCCGAGGACGAGGAGUGGGUCCAGCUGCCGUUCCGCCGUAUACUCUCCAGGGUGGGCCGGUUGUCCUCUCUUAACUGAACUCUCGAUUUGAACAGAGCACCGGGCAUUUGAGCAUAUAUUGAUUUUCCGCCCGUUUGUGUUGGGAUGCUGCCGAAAUAAACUUUGCAACUGGUCUGAUUGUGAAUCCGAAUCAGUCUCUUUCCGAACGCGAAACUCAGAAGCGGAAAGACGCCGAGUGAAAAUGAAAUAAACAGAAGGGAACGCCGUUGCGGACUAAGAAUUCAUAAAAUUAUACAUACCGCAGCGCGAUUUGCAAACAUUCGGAUUGUGUGCUGUGCUUCAAUUUGUUGGUGGUCGCCGUACUUUUCCGCACCGUCCGAAUCGGCACGAAAAGCUGAGAGAUUGGUCUAAAAUUAGCGACCGGUGUGUUUUGGUAGGGUGUCGUAUAGGGGGUCCCAGUGAACUCCGGCCCCUCCGAAUCCCCAGCGGCCCACUUGGAAUCUAUACACGAGUUGUGAGCCCCAAAAAGUGUUUACCCAUAAAUCGGCCAAGAUGCCUCCUGCAUCCAAUACGAUCGUGCUGAAAAGCCUAUCCGUGCUUCUGGGCCUGUUCUUUAUCUUCGUGGGCACCCUGAAGUUGACGCCGCACAUCAGCAAGGAUCUCUACAAGGACCUGCGCACAGAGUACGUGAAGUAUGCCAAAGUAUUCCCGUUGACGGCCCUUUUUGGAGUGAAGGUACCCUCGAAAUGGUACCGGCGCACAGUUGGCAUCCUGGAGAUCGUCUGCGGCCUGGCCAUGGCUCUGAUUCCCUAUCAUAAAGUCAAGAAUGCGGCCAAUGUGACGCUGCUAGUGCUGAUGCUGCUGGGCAUCUACCAGCACUGGAUGGUAAGUGAUCCCUUCGAGCGCUCGGGACCGGCGCUGGUGUUCACCUUCAUGCUGGGCGGCCGCCUGGUGGUCUGGUACCAGACCGCCCGCCUCCAGGACGAGGCCUCGACGGCUGCCCAGCCACCGGCGAACGGCGUUAAGCAGGAUUAGGCGCCUGCUCCUGCUUGAACUCCCGUUGCAUCACAUAGUCACACUCAUAGUCAUUCACUGAACCAGCUUUGUUUUAGCACCUUAAGUUGGGUUCCUCCAAGGCAAUUGGCGCGCCCUGUCUUUGGGUCACAAAUUCUUUCACACAACAACAUCAUUCUAGCAAAUCGAAAUUCAUGUUUUCACUUUGGUGCCAAAUUAAUUAUCGUAUACAAAACUAUAAAUGAGAUAUUAACUAAUACUGUAGAGCCACGGCAUAAAGACACGACCAGAACAACCAAAAAUUGUAAUCAAAUCCACUUCGUAACGGGCACUUAGUCGAACACAUCUAAAUUACGACUUUUAGAAACAAUUUUAAUAAAUUUGAACAACUCAUACAUAUUUAAAAUUAA